UGCGACGAUUAUCAUCUCAAAGCGUGUGACACAAGAACAAACGCUUGCACUGAAUGCAAGAGCUGCAGUUCUCUGCACCGACAGAGAAUUAGUUGCAAGCUCCUCGCCGCGUUUCAAUCCUCCGCCUUCGCGCACCAUAAUAAUAGAUCCCCAUGUCGAAUCAAUCGCCAUGGCAGAGCUCGCCAGCUUUGCGACCAAAACGCGAGGAUGAGUAUUAUCAGCAGGAAUGUGGCGCGUCGCAGCAGCAGCAUCGCUCGUUUGGUCAAGCUCCGUCGCCCAUGACCCCUCUUAAUCAUGGUGCGCCAACAGCAUCCACUACUUCGCUGUACUACGCUCAUCAUCCAUCAUCGCAUCAGCAACAGCAACAGCAACAGCAACCCCAACCCCAGCACCUCCAGCAACAGGAACAACAAUCACCUCAUGUCUUGCAGCCUUCGGUCCAUGCCGGCCAGCAGCAAAGCGGAAGACAAGAUUCAGCAUACGCGCCGACGCACCAGGCUCCGUUUUUGCGACAGCACCAGCAGCUUCCUCCGCAACAUUCUGCGUAUAAUCAUCAUCAUGGAACCGUGACUUCAUCACCAGAAACAGUGCACUAUCCUAUGGGCUACGCAGACGCUGCGAGCGGGACGCAACAGCCAAACAUUUCGCUGCAACCUGUCCAUGGCCAAGGUUUGCCAUACCAGUCAGCUCACCCAAAUCUGCCGCAUUCAGAUCCAACAGGGUCGCACAACUCGCAGUUGCGACAGCCUGCAUACAUCCAUUAUUCUAUACAACCGUCGCAAUAUCAUGAGCUCCCAAAUCAUAACGCCACCCCCGAUGAAUCCGUUCAUCACCAUCCUGACCUGCAACGAGAAGUCCAACCGCACCAUUUCCAACAUCACUUUAACGCCGAGCGGCUGUUUGCCUCUCAACCCCUUUACAGAUACUCGGACACAAAUCCGACCUUGUCAUCCUCGACGUCUUCCAAUCUUCUCACGCUUGGACGACCGCUACUGCCCAGCUUGAACAACCGAUUACAUCAUGGUCACAUGCCAGGAUCCAUGGUCGGUGCUGGCAUCAACGACGACACGUCUUCGACUCGUCCGAUGCAGAUUGGAGUCUGUGAGUUGCGCGCUUUUUUCCAGUCCUUCCUCUCCACGGGCACAAGCUGAAUGCGUCUACCUCACUCUCCCCAUGUGCAGUGCUGAGUUCUUCGAGCAACGGUCACGACCUCAACGCAUCGCCAGAGCCGCAUGCAGCCGGGCC